UAUCUGUGUCCAGUGAUGCACUCAUCGUCCAAUCGCCUCGAUAGGAAUUAUGCCACCCCAGCCAAUGGCACACCUUAUUCUAGUCUGACAGCAACACGAGAAAGCACAGCCCCCCCCCCAUCUCUUCUGGCUCAGUAUAAAAACUCGGGACUCUUCACAUUCUGUCCUUUUUUCCCCUCUACUCUAAAUCAGGACAUCUUUAGUUGCUGGGCACAGAACCAGUACAUCAAAAUGGGAAAGGAAAAGAUCCACAUCAACAUCGUGGUAAUUGGCCAUGUCGACUCCGGCAAGUCCACCACCACCGGCCACCUGAUCUACAAGUGCGGAGGAAUCGACAAGAGAACCAUCGAGAAGUUCGAGAAGGAAGCCGCCGAGAUGGGAAAGGGCUCCUUCAAGUACGCCUGGGUGCUGGACAAACUGAAGGCUGAGCGUGAGCGUGGUAUCACCAUCGACAUCGCUCUCUGGAAGUUUGAGACCGCCAAGUACUACGUGACCAUCAUUGAUGCCCCUGGACACAGAGACUUCAUCAAGAACAUGAUCACUGGUACCUCUCAGGCCGACUGUGCCGUGCUGAUUGUUGCCGCUGGCGUUGGUGAGUUUGAGGCCGGUAUCUCCAAGAACGGCCAGACCCGUGAGCACGCCCUGCUGGCCUACACUCUGGGUGUGAAGCAGCUCAUUGUUGGAGUCAACAAGAUGGACUCCACCGAGCCCCCUUACAGCCAGAAGCGAUUUGAAGAAAUCACCAAGGAAGUGAGCACCUACAUCAAGAAGAUCGGCUACAACCCCGCCACUGUUGCAUUUGUCCCCAUCUCUGGGUGGCAUGGAGACAACAUGCUGGAGGCCAGUGACAAGAUGGGCUGGUUCAAGGGUUGGAAGAUCGAGCGUAAGGAGGGCGGUGCCUCUGGCGUUACCCUGCUUGAGGCUCUGGACUCCAUCCUGCCCCCAGCCCGCCCAACAGACAAGGCCUUGCGUCUGCCCCUGCAGGACGUCUACAAGAUUGGCGGUAUUGGAACUGUCCCCGUCGGUCGCGUUGAGACCGGCGUCCUGAAGCCCGGUAUGGUCGUCACCUUCGCUCCCCCCAACCUGACCACUGAGGUGAAGUCUGUGGAGAUGCACCACGAGUCUCUGACUGAAGCUCUCCCUGGUGACAACGUCGGCUUCAACAUCAAGAACGUGUCCGUUAAGGAGAUCCGCCGUGGAAACGUGGCUGGAGACAGCAAGAACGACCCCCCCAUGGCAGCUGAUAACUUCACCGCGCAGGUCAUCAUCCUGAACCACCCCGGUCAGAUCUCCCAGGGUUACGCCCCCGUGCUGGACUGCCACACCGCUCACAUUGCCUGCAAGUUCAGUGAGCUCAAGGAGAAGAUCGACCGCCGUUCUGGCAAGAAGCUUGAGGACAACCCUAAGGCUCUCAAGUCUGGAGACGCCGCCAUCAUCACCAUGGUGCCCGGAAAACCCAUGUGUGUUGAGAGCUUCUCCCAGUAUCCUCCACUGGGGCGUUUUGCUGUGCGGGACAUGAGGCAGACCGUGGCCGUCGGUGUCAUUAAGGAGGUCGUGAAGAAGGACCCCACCGCCGGAAAGGUCACCAAGGCUGCUCUGAAGGCCGACAGGAAGAAAUGAAUUCUCAUGCGGGAUGUCCAACAACAGAAGCAAUCCCCUCUUCAACCCCACGUCGUCUUCUGGCUUAUGAAGAUGAAAAUGAUGAAAAGCCAUCGGAAAAGUUUCCGCCGAAAAGGAAGGCUUGUGCCUUUUACAAGAAAACUAUUUGAUAGUUUGAAAGCAAAGCAAUUAAAAUCUUAAACAUGCCAAA